AUGGCUACCAACCGCUUCGACCCCGAUUUCACUGACAAUGUCAUCAAAUCGAUGGGCCCUCAGACGCCCGAGCGGUUCCGCGAGAUCAUGACCAGUCUCAUCCGGCAUGUCCAUGACUUUGCGCGCGAGACCAAUUUGACCGUGGACGAGUGGAUGACUGGUGUUAGAAUGAUGAAUUGGGCUGGGCAGAUGAGUGAUGACAAGCGGAAUGAGGGACAGCUUUUGUGUGAUGUUAUCGGACUUGAGUCGUACGUUCACUCUAUAUCCAAAUAUACAAAGGGAGGAACUAACGGAUGCUUGAACGAUAGCCUCGUCGACGAAAUCACCUACAAACUCGCCCAAGAGGCCGAAGACACCCCCACCGCAACCGCAAUCCUAGGCCCCUUCUUCCGCCCCGACACCAAAUGGCGCCAGAACGGCGACAACGUCGUCCAGGGCGUCAAGGGCGGCGAGAUGGUCUUCAUGCACGGCCGCGUCGUCGACUUUGUCACCAAGAAGCCGCUCGUAAAUGCUACCGUGGAGAUGUGGGAGGCGUCGACGAAUGGGUUGUACGAGCAGCAGGACCCGGAGCAGGUGGAGCAUAACUUGCGCGGGAAGUUUAAGACGGAUGAGGAGGGGAGGUAUUACUAUUAUUGUCUGCGGCCGACGCCCUAUCCUGUGCCGGAUGAUGGGCCUGCUGGAAAGGUGCUCAAGCUUAUGGAUAGACAUCCAUUCCGGCCUGCGCAUAUUCACAUCAUCGCCACCUACGACGGCUACAAGCCCCUCACAACCCAGAUCUUCGACAGCAAGGACCCGUACUUGACGAACGACUCCGUCUUCGCCGUCAAGGAUUCGCUAGUCGUUGACUUUGUUCCUCGUGAGGGUGAUCCUCAAGCUGGACUUGAGUUGGAAUACGAUAUCAAGCUGGUGCCGAACGAGAUCCAUGCUAGCGAGGCAUGA